AUGCUUCUCGACGAGGCCGAUGUGUUUCUGGAGAAGAGAACGAUAUCUGAUCCACAGAGGAACAGUCUGGUCUCAGGUCUGCUAUCAACUGCCAGCUUCACAGUGUUCCUUCGUAUCGUCGAAUAUUACCGCGGAAUUCUCUUCCUGACCACUAAUCGGGUCGGCCAGUUUGACGAUGCUUUCAUAAGUCGGAUCCAUACCGUGAUACACCAUGAGAACUUCUCGAAUGAUGAACAAGACCGCAUUUGGACCCAAUUCUUCAAGAAACUGGAAAAGGAACGGCGGAAAGACACAAGGAUUGAUCGUAGCGCGUGGAAGUAUGUCUUCGAGAGCAAGGACUUGCGGAAGAUUGAAUGGAACGGGCGACAGAUUCGGAACGCGGUGGCGUUUGCCGAGUAUCGGUUCCUGCAGCUGGAGGACAAAGAAGAAGGGGAGAAAGCGUCACUGGAGGACCAGGACUUCGCAAGAGUAUGCGAGAUGACCAUUGCGUUCCAGGGCUACAUGACUUCGGUCCACGGCGGCGACGAGUCGAGGAGGGCAAGGAACGAGCGCAUCCGCGACGACAAGUUCAAAGAUGGGUCGAGUUCCUUUUGA